AUGGAUAGUGUCCAAAUAAUGGGUUCCUCAUGCUUUCCAGAUGAAGACGACGUUGAAGAAGUGAUGAAUCUUGCUGAAGAGAAUGCCAAUGACAAUGGACAAGAAGCUGGUGAAAGUACAGAAGUUGUUCCAACUCCUGAAUCAGGAAAAAGAAAAGAUUCCCCAGAAUCAAAGUUUGGUAUUGGAGAUGACAAUGGUCCUGAGGCUUAG